AUGGGAAAAGACUCUUUCACCAAGAAGCACCAGAAGCAUUCUAACCGAACUGCUCCCAAGUCCGAGAACGUCUACCUGACCCUCCUGGUCAAGCUGUACCGAUUCCUGGCCCGACGAACUGACUCCAAGUUCAACAAGCGGGUUCUCAAGGGUCUUUUCCUCUCCAAGGUCAACCGACCCCCCGUCUCCACUGGCAAGAUUGUCGAGAACCUCAAGGUCAAGGGCAAUGCUGACAAGAUCGUUGUUGUUGUCGGCACCGUGACUGACGAUCCCCGACUCGUCGAGUUCCCCAAGACCACCGUCGCUGCCCUCCGAUUCACCGGCACUGCCCGAGCUCGAAUCGUCAAGGCUGGCGGUGAGGCCCUCACUCUUGAUCAGCUUGCUGUCCGAGCCCCUACCGGCGAGAACACUCUGAUGCUGCGAGGCUCCCGAAACGCCCGACAGGCUGUUCGACACUUUGGCUUCGGUCCCCACAAGAACAAGGCUCCCCGAGUUCUGUCCAAGGGCCGAAAGUUCGAGCGAGCUCGAGGUCGAAGACGAUCUCGAGGUUUCAAGGUCUAA